AUGUUCAAGGUAAGGAGGGGUCUAUUAGAUGGCACAGAAGAACGAUAUGGGUUGAUGUCUUCUAGCAUGAGAGGCAUGUCCUCCACGCGACGUAAAAUAAUACGAGAUUGGCAAAAGCUUUUCAGGCUCAAGCUUGGACGUCACAUGUUUUUAGCCUUAAUGGUUUUGGUUUUUAUGUGUGUGCUUACCAAGUUUGUGUUGUUGAAUAUGCUUUUUGAUCAACUCGCCUUGGAUCCUGUAAUACAUGCAAACCUGGUGAAACACGUACCUUCACCAAACAAGUCACCGACUCUUAAAAUUUGGAAGCAUCCCAACAGUGACAACUACUACAAAUGCAUGGAUCGAUCAGAAAGUGACAGACGGAAAGAAAACUUCACAAAUGGUUACCUUAUGGUCCAUGCCAAUGGAGGAUUAAAUCAAAUGAAAUCUGGAAUAAGUGACAUGGUUGCUAUUGCAAAAAUUAUGAAAGCCACUUUGGUUUUGCCUACAUUGGAUCAUGAUUCCUUUUGGACAGAUUCUAGUGAUUUUAAGCAAAUUUUUGACUGGAAGAACUUCAUUGAAGUUUUAAAAGCUGAUGUUCAAAUAGUGGAAUCUCUACCACCAGAAUUUGCAACAAUUAAGCCAGUUUUGAAGGCUCCGGUUUCUUGGUCCAAGGCAGGUUAUUACGCAGGGGAGGUGCUGCAAUUAUUGAAGAAACACAAAGUGAUCAAAUUUACCCAUACUGAUUCUCGCUUAGUCAACAAUGGUUUAGCUACUCCGAUUCAGAGUGUACGUUGUCGUGCCAUGUAUGAGGGGCUUAAAUUCACAGUUCCAAUUGAAGAGCUUGGAAUGAAGUUAGUAAAUAGACUUAGAGACAACAACACCCCUUACAUUGCUCUCCAUUUAAGAUAUGAAAAGGACAUGCUUGCUUUUACAGGUUGCAGCCAUAAUCUGACUAAAGAAGAAGCCGUGGAGCUUAAGAAAAUGAGAUAUAAAGUGAAACAUUGGAAAGUGAAAGAGAUUGAUAGCAAAUCAAGGCGCUUACGUGGUGGUUGCCCCAUGACUCCAAGAGAGGUUGCAGUGUUCCUUGAAGCUCUUGGCUAUCCUUAUGACACAAAAAUUUAUGUAGCUGCAGGCAUGAUUUAUGGUAUAGAUGAAAUGAAGUCCCUCCGAAGCAAGUAUCGUUACUUGCUCACACACUCCACUUUAGCCACAAAAGAAGAGCUUCUACCCUUUAAGGAUCACCAAAACCAACUUGCUGCUUUGGAUUACAUCAUAGCAGUAGAGAGUGAUGUUUUCAUUUACAGCUAUGAUGGGCACAUGGCCAAAGCAGCUCGAGGUCAUCGCGCAUUUGAAGGGUUUCGAAAAACUAUUAGCCCGGACAAGCAAAAGUUCGUGAGGCUGAUUGAUCAGUUGGACAACGGUUUGAUUUCUUGGGAUGAGUUUUCAUCGAGGGUUAAGAGCAUACAUGCAAAUAAAAAUGGAGGUCCUCAUCAUAGAAAAGUUAAUCGACACCCCAAGUUGGAAGAGAGCUUUUAUGCAAACCCUUAUCCUGGUUGCAUUUGUGAGCGUCGUGAGACAAUGAUGAUGAUGUAAAUAAGUCACGAAUCAUGACAUAGUAAAUGGUAUUGAGUCAUGAGAUGAGACAUAACUGCUUUAGAUUUGUAAAUAUGCAGAGCAUUUUGGCAAUUGGAGCUGCAAAAGCCAAAUAACUAUUUUGAAUUGUAUAUUAAAGUAAGUAGACAGAGUAGGCUAAUUGGUGGUUUUGACAUUAACCUGUAUCA